CAUUCAGUGCGAGCAACAGAAGUCCAAUGAAUUCCACUAAUUUAGACUCUUUUACUGAUCUGCACAGCUCUGUUCAUGAUGGGCAGGAUAGCGAUGAUUGUGUUAGUGAUGAAAAUUACGAUGAUAUCUUGUUCUCUGAUACCCCUUGCUUUUCUUUCAAUAAACUGUUUGAAAAUACUCAAAAUACAAAAACUGAAAAUACAGACUCCAUUCCCAAUUCCGUAGGAAAAGCCAACGACCGAUGGAAUCGAGUCUAUAUGGACACGAACAUACAUCAUAAAGCUUCUAAGGUUCGUUUUGCUGCUGAUGAGAAGUUAGAAACCAAGCACCUUAUGCUUGCAUGGAGCUAUGCCUACCAAGCUGCCCGUAAAGGUGAAUGGGUACAAAUUCAUAUUGAUUCAGAGAGGUUUCGACGUCGGAUAGAAAACACUGAGCAAGUGUUGAAACCUAUUUUAGAUCCUUCUCACAGACUGAAGAUCUUGGCUCUUCGGAAGAAAUAUGAACAUUACUCAAUGCAUCUAGUAAAGAAUUUGCCUAACUGAAGAUUUAUUGUAUUUUUCUUUAGGUGAAACUACAUUACAGACUGUUAAAUGCAAUCUUGUCACAUACAGACAACUAUCAAAUGGAUAUCAUCUUAAAUGUCAUCAUUGAAGCAUUCUGUGAUACAAAAUGAAAUAUUUUUGUAAUUAAACUAAAAAGAAAACAUUUCAUGUGAUGGUCUUUUGGAGCUUUGUAGAUCAUAUAAACUUUGACCUAAUAUUUAAAUUACUAUUAACUCAACAUUGUGGUUGGUGUUGGAAGUGGUGGUGUGUCUUUCAUGACACACCAUCUCUCUCUCAUUACAUGUAUGUAGCAAGCAGCAGUUAAUAUAUCUGGUCUCAGAGCUAUUUAUUAUUUAUUACAUCUGGCUGACUCAGAUUUUGAAUUACUUUGGCAACCAGUCUCUGAUUAAAGAUGACUAACUCUAAAUCCAAUAGUGGUUUUUUUCUUUUGUAUACCAUCGUCUAAGUAAAUUCUAAAAUUAUGACUUGGUACAUUGUUGUAACUUUCUGGGUAUGUUUUAUGUACAUGUACCUGACCAGCUAUAAAUAUUUUACUGCUGUACAUAAAGUAAACCACAGUGUAAGGGGAGGUAAUAACAGAUUAACAUCUAAGAAGAUAAUUAAAU